CACUGCUUGGAGAGGGUCAUAGUAAAAGUCGGUGUUUGCCUUCUACACCGUUACAACUAUCAUAACUUGUAAAUUUGUAUAGCAAUGAUUCCUUAGUAUUACGGAAAAUUCAUCGAACAUGGAAUCAAAUCAGGACUUGACCCAAUUAGGAGUGUUCACCGUUGAUCAGGCUAGUUUGGAGCGCGAUGUGACAAAUUCAGCAGAUCAAUAUAUUGCUGGUGAGACUAGGGAAAUUGAAAGAAAAAGGUUAGAAAAGGUACGGAAGGAGAUUCAUGCUGUUGAACAAAAAAGUCGUCAGCUCGAAAAUCGAAUCGACAGUCGCUUGACGCAAAUUAGUGUGAAAGGAAAUCUUCGAAAACAGCUGGAUAAGUUUCGCUCGACGCUUCAAAAUCUGAAGUCUGAUGAAAAUGAUAUUAAAUUGCGCAUGGAAGGCGUUGGGGAAGGCCAGCAGGCUGCAUUUACCGAUCCUCAUGCACUAGAAGAAGCCGAGCGCCAAGAAUUGAUUCGUACUGGUAAGAUAACACCUUUCGGGAGGUUCUCCGGUAUCGAAAAAGAAGCUUCAAACGUUGAUAGAAAUCAGCCAAGUAACCAAACGUUACCUGAAGAACCUGAAGUUACUGAUGACACUGGUGCCAGUAAUUAUAUUGACGAGCAAACUGAAGAGCAAGAAUUUGAGUUAAAACAAGAGAGAGACGAAGAUUACGCCCAAGUCGAUGACAUUGCAGAACAAGCAACUACUUCAGCUGUGGAUGACGGCGAUGAUUUGGUGUAUCGUAAGCGUCUACAUUCAUGGUGUACUGAGCGUAGUCAGUUACGUCAAAAAACCGAAAAAAGAAAGCAAGAAAAAAAUGAGGCUUCCUCUGAAAUGGGUUCUGCUAUUCAAUCUUCGUUAAUAGAAGAUACAGAAGAGUGGUUCAAACCACAUCCAACUAAAGCUGGACAAACCUAUAAAGGCGGUUUCACCAUUCCUGGUGACAUUCGACCUCAUUUAUUUCGAUAUCAAGUUACUUGUGUGCAAUGGCUGUGGGAAUUAUACAGCCAAGAAGCAGGAGGUAUUAUUGGUGAUGAAAUGGGUUUAGGAAAGACAAUACAAAUUGUAUCUUUUAUUUCUUCGCUUCAUCAUUCAAGGAUGUAUGAAAAGCCGGCUUUGAUUGUUUGUCCAGCUACUUUAAUGAAACAAUGGGUCAAUGAAUUUCACCAAUGGUGGGGUCCAUUACGUGUCGUUGUUUUGCAUGCCACUGGUAGCGGUGCUGUUGCUACUCGAGAAAAAAGGCAGUAUCAGUCUUUGGAAGAGGAGGAUAAUGCGGAAGACGUUAUAAACCCAAAUGCUUCUAAGUCUUUCCAUAGUUAUGCCAAAGCUUUAGUGGAUAGUGUAUUUACUAAAGGCCAUGUUUUAAUCACGACAUAUGCCGGAUUGCGGCUUUAUAGUGAUUUAUUAUUACCACGAGAAUGGGGUUAUUGUGUUUUAGAUGAAGGACAUAAGAUCCGAAACCCGGAUUCUGAAAUGUCUGUGAAUUGUAAGCAGGUGAAAACUCCUCAUCGAAUUAUUCUUUCCGGUACACCGAUCCAGAACAACCUCAUUGAACUUUGGAAUUUGUUUGACUUUGUUUUUCCGGGCCGACUAGGAACGCUUCCUGUUUUUCAAAAUCAGUUUGCUCUUCCAAUUAAUAUUGGCGGUUAUGCAAACGCAUCAAAUGUUCAAGUACAAACUGCUUACAAGUGUGCUUGUAUGCUUCGUGAUUUAAUAUCUCCAUACUUAUUACGAAGAAUGAAGCUGGACGUAGCCUCAGACCUUCCGAAAAAAUCCGAGCAAGUUUUAUUUUGCAAGCUUACUCCUCUUCAACGCAAAGCAUAUCAAGACUUUUUAAAUGGUUCAGAUAUGCAAAAAAUUUUAAAUGGAAAACGUCAAAUGCUUUACGGAAUUGACAUUUUAAGAAAGAUAUGUAAUCAUCCGGAUUUGGUUAUGCGUGAGUUCAUGUCUCAGAAAAAGGACUAUUAUUAUGGAGAUCCCGAAAAAUCCGGAAAACUUAAGGUUGUAAUAUCUUUGUUGAAGCUUUGGAAGAAGCAAAAGCAUCGCACUUUACUUUUUUCCCAAACUCGACAAAUGCUUGAUAUUUUGGAAACCAGUAUCAAAGAUAUUCCGGGGCUUCGUUACUGCCGUAUGGACGGAGGGACUUCGAUUGGUCUUCGACAUGGUUUAGUCGAUAACUUUAACAAGAACGGUAUUUAUGAUGUGUUUCUUUUAACGACUCGUGUUGGUGGGUUAGGCAUUAAUUUAACGGGUGCCGAUCGUGUUAUUUUAUUUGACCCAGACUGGAAUCCAUCUACGGAUGCUCAAGCUCGUGAACGAGCGUGGAGAUUAGGUCAAAAAAGAGACGUUGUAGUGUAUCGCCUAAUGACUGCUGGAACAAUAGAGGAAAAAAUAUAUCACCGCCAAAUCUUUAAGCAAUUUUUAACUAAUAAGAUAUUGAAAGAUCCAAAGCAGCGGCGAUUUUUUAAAAUGACUGACUUACAUGAUUUAUUUUCCUUGGGUAGCGAUAAGGAAGAAGGAACAGAGACUGGGAACAUGUUUUUGGGAGUAGAACGAGUCUUUAAAAAACACCCUAAAGGUAAUGAAGAGGAAGGAAGUAGAAAACAAAAAUCUCGAAAAGAAGUUGAUGGAAAGAGUAGUGAGGAAAAGAAUCGAAAGGUUUUCGAUAAAAUUGGAAUUGCUUCUAUGGAAAAAUUCAAACCACCAGAGGAUACUAAUGUUACGAAGGAUAAGUCUUCCAAAAAUACACGUGGCGAUGAAUCUGUACUUGAGGACAUUUUUGCGAGUGCUGGAAUUCAAAGUACACUAAAGCAUGAUGAAAUUAUGGAAGCUUCUCAACCUGAAACUUUACUCGUAGAAAAAGAAGCGUCGAAAGUUGCUAAUGAAGCCCUUCGUGCUGUCGCUAAUUCUCGGCGGCAACAGCUCGCUGUCAAUCGGAACAGAACUGAUUCUCCCGCUGGUGGUGUUCCACAUAAAAAUAUACCUUCUGAAAGUCCUAAGACUUCUGGUCCAGUUAGUUCCAGUACAUUACUUGCCCGCCUUAAGCAAAGGCGUUAAACUGACAAAUUCCAAUAAUCGUACAAGUGAUUUGGAUUUUUUUUUUGUGUUAUUAAUUAUUAUAGCGUAUCUAAAUAACGAGAAAAAUAGUUUAGGAAGGAUUUUUGAGCUUUCUUUCCCAUGCAUGGAAAGAUAUUUUGGAAAAACUUCUUAUAUAUACAAGUAACCAAGGUGAAUGGUUCUUUUAUUUAUAUUUUCGACAAUAUUCGUUUCGUUUCAUGAUCAUACCAUAUAGGAUUCUUUUUGUUUUAUCCGUUGCAUCCUACUUUCGUUUUUACCUAAUUUAAUAAUUUUUCACGACGAUGAUCAUUAUCUUUGGCAAAUAAUGUUAUAUCCCUUUGUGUCCACGGGUAAACCGCAUAUAUAUAGAUUUAUGGUUAUAAAGACAUGUCUGGAAAACCCUUUUUUUGAAGGACAAAAAAGUCAGUUUACGAAGUAGAAAGUCAUUUUCUCGGAUACCGUUGUUCUGGCAUUUCAUCACAGAAGUGCCUUCAUUAACCUGGCACUUUUUUAGUUUUCCUCUAUUUAUUAAUUAAUUUAUUGUAUAUCCAUAUA